AUGCCCAUUGAGUCCGCAGAACCCAUCGAGUCCGAAGAAUCCAUCAAAGAGCCUAUCAAGCCAAUUGAGUGGGAGAUCACGGAACCCAUGCCCAUCAAGUCCGCAGAACCCAUUGCCAUCAAGUCUGCACCUACCGAGAGUGUUAAGACCUGUCCCCAGCGAAAGGUUGUCCCGGAUGUGGAGACAGGGUCAGAACCCAUUGCCAUCAAGUCUGCACCUACCGAGACGAAAGGUUGUCCGGAUGUGGAGACAGGGUGGACAGCAGAAGUUUACAGCAAGCUUGGUCUACGACUGGCGGGAGUAGACCGUAGUGCUGGUGCAAAGGUCGACAGAAGAUGUAUCGAGUAG